GCGAAGCGGAUCGUCGUUCGUCGUCGAAUUUAAUUAAAACUUAUUUGCCGGAUUUUGGAAACGAUUUCCACGGACGAUUCCUUGUGGUCAAAGGAUCCUUGUUUAUCAAAAAACUCCGUAAAGUUUUGAGUUAUCCCUUUCCCGUACUCCAUCGCGUGAUUCGUUUUUUGUGCGUCCUGUUCCGAUAAAAAAAAACGGUUAAAGAGUUAUCACUGAGUGGUGUUUUGUGCUAAAAGCGAAGAAAUUAGUGCAUAAAAUGGGGAAAUAAUCGAAUUCCCCCUAAAAAGUGCAUCAUUUUCGGCGGAAAACUGGGUCCUCGGUUUCUGCAGUAACAGUUUUCAUUCAGUUCGGUUGUGUUGUGGCCAAAGUUUCUUCGUGAAAAGUUAGUGAGUGAAGUUGUGAAAUACACGAGCCCAAAAAAAAAGGUUGGCCAUCGUGAAAAUUGUGUUUUCGUUGCACAACCGUGAAGAGUUUAAGUGUUCCAGCAGCAGCAGCACCACCAGAAGAAGAAGAAGAAGAAAUAGAAGCAAAAGUGCCUGCGUCUUUUGGGCCGGUCGCGGAGCGGAAAAGGAUCGAGGGGAAAAAUCGAGAACCAAGCCGAGUUGCAGCAGCUGCCGGGUCGUUCAUGAAUCGGCCUCAAGGUCCCCGGAAGGCACAAGGUUCUUCUGGCAAAAGAUAAACCUAUCACCGAGGGCACCGCUGCUAGCUAGUCGAAGGGCUUCCGUGGAGGAAAUGAACAGACAGUGCGUAGACGGCCGCUUCCCUGUAUGACGACGGUUAGCACACGAUCAGGAACGUGCACCCGCGUGCAAGUGAUUCUGGUGGAACCAGCUGGAACCAACUCAAUCGACCAUGGAGGACACAACCAGUCAGGAGGAAUCGCUACGACUGGUUGAUGUGACGAGAAACGAGGCGGAAUCGGUGGAGCAAGGAUCGACGGAGGGCUUCCAGGCACCGCACCAACACCAGGAUGGCAACACAACGAAAUCCUCCACCGACAGCUCGUUCACCGUGACUGACUGCAACUGUUCGUCGCUGAUAGAGCCGAGGGUCGUGGAUGACGAUGCGCCACCGCCAUGCACCGAGCUCAUCGAGGAGCUCAUCAAACCGCAGCUCACCGGGUGUGAGGAAAAACUGAAAGCCCUUUCCAUCAUCGCGGUCGAUGAUGGUGGCGUACGGGAAGCCGUCGAGGUGGCCACCGUCAUCAGCACUGGAGGUGGUGGUGGUGGUGGCGAUGGGAGUGAUAGUGGCGUCGAGUUUGGUGCCGGUUCCGGUUCCCUCACCGAUACCGGUAUGUUGCAGCGCGCCCUCAGCAAUAACAGUGCCGGGUACGCGAGUAGCUGCUGCGGUCUGGAUGGGCUGGAGCCACGGGAAACCGGCGGGAUGAGCGUGUCGUGCAACUCGAGCAUGAUAAGCUACAGCUCGGAUAUCUACGAUAAGACAGGCAGUACGGCGGUCCUGUGUGGCGGUGGACGGCUCAGUACGGAUUACUGUGCCAGCGAGGGUGGUAGCGAAAGCUCGUCCGUGACCGGUGGUCCGGUUAGCUCGUCGCUCCGGAAGGGUACCGCCGGCUGUGGGCUGAAGAAGAAGGUCGCGAUGAAGGAACCACCGGCGGUAAAUCGUUCGCCACGCAAGUCCACCGAGAGCGUCUCGAGUAGCAGUGGGCGAAGCAGUUCCCGCUCCCGGGGUUCCUCGCUAGGGCGCUCGGUUUCACUUAACCUCAAAGCGACGCCACCGGCUUCUGCGGUGAAUGUGGCGGCUGCGGCGCGAGAGCGGGCCCGCUCGAGGGAUAAAUCGGCUGCGGGUUCGACCAGCACCAGUAUGGCCAGUAGCUUGAACCGUAUCGUCACGACACCGAGCAAACCGAUGCCACCACCGAGGCGCCCCCUGAAGCCGGAUACGCUGCCGACGGGAAUGAAGGAUUCACCGGGAGGUGCUGUCCACCGGGCUGCAUCCGUGUCCCGCACUCCGUCCACUACGAGAGGCCGCACACCGCUAGGUACACCGACCGAUGAUGGCCGGUGGCCAUCGGUGGGAGGUAGAGGUGGGGCCAGUGGUGGUAACACUACACCGAGGUCCACCCGGGCCAGUUCUGCCGUUCCGGAGGGAUGUGGAGUUUCCAUUAAAACGCGCGUCGGAAUGCUGGCCCUCGAUGGGGCCUGUAAAGUGUCCGGGGGUAGCGGGCCAAUGAGCUUACCGAUGAGUGGUGCCGUCUCUAGCUAUGCGACUUUACCACGCCGAAGAAAGGAACGAUCGGCCGAGGAUCUGAAGGCGGCAGGAGGUGGAUCACCGAGUUCCCGCAGUAACUCGGUAACGCGCGAGCAAGUGUCCAACCGGAUGUCGAUGUCACUGAUCAAGAAGCUACCUUCAUCGACCGCCACCGGUGGUGCAGCAAAGGGCAGUGGUGCAGAUGGUGUAGCCUCUUCUCCCGGCUCCGUCAAAAUGGCAUCCUCUCAUCCGCGCCUGACGUCGACGGCCAAGAAGAUGAUACAGAAAACCC